CAACUUGUGGCAAGCAAAGAUGGCGGCUGCUAGUAGUGAUAGUGUUGGUGGGCGAAGGAAUUCUAAACGGGCGUUCAUAGAACGAGAUUACUCUGGAGGGACAGCCGUGCGAUUCGAAGAGAAGUUUCCAAAGGAACUACUAGGAAUAGUGGAUGAGAGAGUUGUUGUGAAUAUGGUAGCCCGGAUCAAUGCUGUUUUCAAGGAAGCUGAACACGUCGGGUGUUUGUCGUGCCUGGAGGGAACUGUUGCCUGGCUGUCGUUGUUUACAAUUCAUAUGUGUACGAGGACAAACUACGAAAAGUGUCUUGACAGAAUUGCAGACUUUGUUCAAGAACAAAACAGAACCUUGUUUAGCUCGAAAGGCGUAACUAUGAUUGAUCCAAUGGAACGAGGACUUAGAGUUAUUGAAUUUAUUAUUGAAGAACCAGCAACUCACUGAGAUAUGUGUGAAACAUGAUACCAUAGCAUGGAUUAGUGACUAUGUGAUGGAUGCUCCAGUUUGUACUUAAUUAAGUAGAGAAGCUACAUCUAU